GUUAUACCCGCUUUGCAAUCCCUCCCAAUCCCCAUCUUUCUCCUUCGUUACAAUCGUACCGCAGAAAUACGCGCUCCCGCACUCGACCCGCACUCGCACCCACAAUCACGUCGUCGCUGCGCAUGACGACGGGGAUGAUUGGAGCAACAGCUCGAAACCGAUCUCUCAUGUGCGUAGUGCCAUGUCCUCUCUACCCUCCUCUCCUUCCCCCGUCUCUCACGUCUCUCUCUCUUCCUCUCUCAUCAAUCCUGACAAACUCUCCCAAGAUGAUGUAGCGAUUGAGAUGAUGAGAUAGAGAGACUCAGCGACAGAGAUCAGAGGGGGAGCUUGAGGUUGCUUGCUCCCGUUUCCAUCCCUCGUUAUAACAUUAGAGUGUAAGACAGUUUUCUUGCCUCGAGAAGAAGGUGUAUACCUUGCAGCACAAGGUAGAUCUCUUUGCAAAGCUGGGUAGGGUUUGGAGUUCUUCGGAAGGAAGAACAGUACAUAUAAAGACACGAUCUGAUCUGCAUCUUGAGGGGAAUUUGGCGAGAUGUGGACAGGAUUUGCUUUAUGAGUUGAAAUAUUCUCACAGCACUAGGAAAGAGGAUAUUUUAAUUCAUUACGUGUUGCAGAGUAUCAAUGGAGGUCCAGGCAGAUUCCACCAAGGUGGCUAAUGAUGUGGAUGGUAUAGAGGAUAGCAAGGUGGUGGAGUCAGAGGUUGAGCCACUCCUGAAUCCAGACCAAUCACAGGAUGAAAUAGUAGAUCAGCCGGAGACUUCUGUGGAGAAUGUGGAGAGAGUGAUGCAGCUGCCUCAGGUCGUGGAGCUCAAGAGAUCACAUACACUGCAACGAGAGAGAUUAGUUCUCUCAAACCAGCCACUUGAAACCGUGAGACUGGCGGUUCUGUCUCUAUUAUACCAAUGUAGGCUCUUGUGGAUCCAUGUUCUCAGCCAUCAUCUUCGCGUUGUUGGCGCCGGGAUUCUCACCGUUGCGCUAAUAAUUGUACUUGCUUUUAUUGACGGACCUCACGAGUACUACUUGAGGGAGGCUAUUGCGUACUUCAGGUUUGCCGUCUGGUGGAUAGGGCUUGGGGUUGCCUCGUCGAUCGGCCUUGGUUCAGGCCUUCACACGUUUGUAUUGUAUUUAGGACCGCAUAUUGCCAUGUUUGCGAUGAGAGCUUCCCAAUGUGGGCGGGUGGAUUUGAAGGCCAUGCAGUACGACACUCCACAGUGGGGCUUUCCUUCUUCGUGGCAACAUAAGGAAUGCUCUGAAUUAGGCAAGCCAAUGUUUCCUCGGCUCCCAACAGAUGGUAUGGAGAGCUACGUGGUUCCAAUUCUUAAAGUUCUGCUACAGGUGCAAUUGGAGGCGGUAUUGUGGGGGAUUGGUACUGCCAUUGGCGAGCUACCGCCGUACUUUGUCUCACGUGCCGCGAGGUUAUCAGGAGAGAAAGUGAAAGAGCUUGAAGAUUUGGUGACUAUCCCGGAGGAUCAGAGCCAUCCAAGUCUGUAUAGCCGUCUAAAAGUGUGGGGUCUCCGAAGGUUCGCUCAACUCGGAUUCUUCGCGAUCCUGCUCUUCGCCUCUGUUCCGAAUCCUCUCUUUGACUUAGCAGGGCUAAUGUGUGGUCAUUUCUUGGUACCUUUCUGGAAGUUCUUUCUGGCCACCUUGAUCGGCAAAGCUGUGAUCAAGACGCAUAUUCAGACGCUAUUUGUAAUUUUGGCAUGUAAUCCUCAUGUUCUGGAAGCGCUGGAGGCAGGGUUAGCUUGGGUUAUUCAUCAUCUUCCACUCUUGAACAGUUUUUCUCCGCGCAUAAUGGCUGCCGUGGGCACAGCCAGGGAGAAGUUGUCCGGUCAUGCCGGCGCUUCAGAGGCCGUGAAAGGUGGUUACUCGUUCGGGUUUUUGUGGAAUACUGUUGUUCAGAUUAUGAUGUUAUUUUUCGUCGCGUCGAUUAUCACUGCAACAGCACAGGGUUACCUGAUGGAGCAGCAGAAGCGUGAGGUCACAGCCCUCGUGGAAAACCUGAAGAAGAAGAAACAAGAGGAGGAGCUGGAGAGGUGAUUUCAUAUGAACAGUGACAGCGUGUAACCUUUGGCCAGAAAGCUUUUAUAGAUUCUAAGAUCAAAGCCUUUUUCUUGAUUGUAUUCUUGACCAACAGGGGCUGCUAGAUUUCUUUGUAGAGAGUCACUGAUCAUUCAUCCGAGGAAAUCACCUCUAGAAAUGUAGGCAUUGAACUUUUAUUUUGGUUAAUUUCUUGGACUAUUGGAACAUCAUGCGGCGAGGCAGGUCUUAUCUUAUUGACCUCGCUAAUUAGGAUUCGUGUUGGAUCUCUUCUCUUGCGGUGAUAGCUGGUAGCAAUACCCAGUGAGAGAUCGCAAUGCACCUUGUCACUAUAUUUUAUACAGGUCGGACUGGGUCGUCUUCUAACUGCCUAUUGCCGAGGUGGGUUUAGUUGUUACGCCCUCCAUUGUUGUCGAUGCAAGGAGUUAUUGUGCAAACCUCUAGUUUUGGAGGAGGAUUUGUAGGUUGAUUGAAAAUGCGACCCUCAGUCUACCAUUCUGUGCAGGUGGAAAAAUAUUAGAAUUAAUCUACAUCUUUUUCAGGCCCCUUCCUGCACCCUCUGCAGCAAGAUUACUUCACCAGGUAUGUGUGGUUCGGUGGAAGCUUAGGUUGAUUCAGGUGGUAAUUCUGGGCAUCGGUUUAGGAUGACAUGGGAGUUCCAGGCAUUGAUCUGUGAACCUUGUUCCCAUUUACGUUGUCUAGUUUUGGUCCUCAUGUAUUGAAGAAGUCCCAAUCUUCAAUCUUAGUUGUGGGUGUCUUGUGCAUUACUUGUAGGUUACUCACGUUCUUCUUAUGUACCACUGGUUUAUCCAAUUGCUUCGAAAGACAACAUGACCAAUUUAUAUUUCCAUUUCA